CCGUCUCCGAUUAGCCCUCUCUCGUCUCCAAUUCAUUCAAGAAACACGGUGGGAUCGUAAACCCUAAGUGUUUAACUUGUGAACCAUGUUCAUAUGGUUCACGAUUUGUUUGUGAAUGCGAAGAUCGAAUGCUCGUGUGGCAGCAGCAGCAGCAGUCGAUCAUUCUGAUCUCACUACAGAGAAUAAUAAGAUGAAUAAGUCGAUAAAGCUUAAAUUUCGCCCUGAUCAGCUCAUCCGCUCCACGAAUCUCUUUUCCAGAAACCACAAACAAUAUCACCAUUCGAAAUCGAAAUUAUUUGUGAUCGGAUUCUUAAUCCUAGUUCUCGUAUCGUCUUGUUAUUUAUAUCUUAGCUCAAGAAAGUUCGUGCUGAAGCGGUAUCGAAUUGUGAUCGAUGGAGGGAGCACGGGGAGUCGGAUUCAUGUAUUUGAGUAUGUAAUUGAGGAUAGGGCUCCAGUUUUUGAUUUUGGUGGUAAGAACUGCUUGGGUUCGAUGCGGAUUAGCCCGGGGUUAUCGGCAUUUGCGGAGGAUCCAGAAGGGGCUGGUGUGUCACUGUUGGAGUUGUUGACAUUUGCGAGGAAGAGGGUUCCCGAAAAGGAAUGGCGGAAGACGGAGGUCAGACUUAUGGCGACGGCUGGGUUAAGGAUGUUGGAUCUGGGUGUCCAGGAGCUGAUUCUGGAGUCUUGCAGGAACGUUUUGAGGGGUUCUGGAUUUGAGUUUCGUGAUGGUUGGGCAUCGGUUAUUUCAGGUUCGGAUGAGGGAGUUUAUGCAUGGGUUGUGGCUAACUAUGCUCUUGGAACUCUUGGAGGUGAUCCUGAGGAAACAACAGGGAUAAUAGAACUCGGUGGUGCUUCUGCUCAGGUGACAUUUGUCUCAAGAGAGCCAAUACCCGCUGAAUUUUCGCAAAGGGUUAAGUUUGGAAAGCUCAGUUACAAUCUAUACAGCCACAGCUUGCUUCAUUUCGGUCAGAAUAUCGCAUUUGACUUGCUUCAGGAGUCCAUUGUUGCAGAUGGUACACGUUUGGUCGAUCCAUGUUCUCCCAAAGGAUAUGAGCACAAUGUGAUGACUGAGAAGCUCGCUCCCACUUUGGUAAAAAAUGAUCAAUUAUCCAGUUUACAAGCAAGUGGCAACUUCUCGGAGUGCAUAUCUGCUUCCUUAUCACUCUUGCAGAAAGGCAAAGAUGAAUGUGCCUAUGAAAAAUGCUACAUUGGUUCGACAUUUAUACCGAAACUUGAAGGAAAAUUUUUGGCAACAGAAAAUUUCUUCCAUACAUCCAAGUUUUUUGGGUUGUCCCCAAGAACAUUUCUUUAUGAGAUGAAGGUAGCUGGACAAAAGUUCUGUGAAGAGGAUUGGUCAAAUCUAAAGAUGAAAUACCCGGGUUUCCCAGAGGAAGAUCUGCAUCGUUACUGCUUCUCUUCAGCAUAUAUUGUCGCUUUACUUCAUGACAGCCUUGGAAUCGCUUUAGAUGAUGAAAGGAUUGGAUACGCAAAUAAGGUGAACGAUGUUCCUCUUGAUUGGGCAUUGGGUGCAUUCAUCCUCCAGAGCGCUGGCGGCAUGGAUGGUGACCCUUUAGACUCCAGGAGUUCUGUUUUUGGCGGCGAGGAGUCUUCUUCGACUUUGUUAGGGUGGGAUCUUCACCCUUGUGGACCAGCUUUUCCAAGUGCGAAUGGACUGUCAACACGAUCCGUGCCUGUUGGAUGUUCCUUUGAUGUCUUCUCGGAACGUGAGAGCCGGAGGAGAAAAUCGGUCAAUGUCGAUGGAUAUCGGGAAAUAAACAGAAGCAUAACAUUCUUACCGUCAUUCUGUUCAGGAGAACCGUUGGUAGAAGGUUAAUUACGAAAAAUACUAACACAUUGUUUGUUCGUUAAUUUGAUAAAAGGAAAUGGUUUUCGUUAUCAGAUAUUGACAUUUUUUUUGAAGUAUAUAAUAUUUAUAUACGUCAAAAC